AUGAAGAAAGAGAAUCACUCUUUGGUGAGCAUGUUUAUUUUUCAAGGUUUCUCCAGCUUCCAUGAGCACAAGCUCACCCUCUUUGUUGUGUUUCUUACACUGUACAUAUUCACCCUGGCAGGCAAUGUUAUCAUUGUGAGUAUCAUUAGUAUUGAUCAUCACCUCCACACCCCCAUGUACUUCUUCCUCAGCACGCUGUCAGGUUCAGAGACUGCCUACACCCUUGUCAUUAUACCAAGGAUGCUCUUUAACCUCAUAGGCCUGAGUCAGCCCAUUUCUUUGGCAGGUUGUGCCACUCAGAUGUUUUUCUUCAUUACUUUGGCUAUCAACAACUGCUUCCUGCUCACAGCAAUGGGGUAUGACCGCUAUGUGGCCAUCUGCAACCCCUUGAGGUACUCAGUCAUCAUGAGCAAGAGAGUGUGUAUGCAGCUGGUGUGGGGGGCCUGCAGCAUUGGCCUAAUUGUAGCAAUGACACAGGUGUCAGCUGUAUUCAGGCUGCCUUUCUGUACUACAAAGGUGCCCCACUUCUUCUGUGACAUCCGACCUGUGAUGAAGCUCUCCUGCAUUGACACCACAGUCAAUGAAAUCCUGACGAUGAUCAUCAGUGUGCUGGUGAUCCUGAUUCCCAUGGGCUUGGUUUUUAUCUCCUACAUCCUCAUCAUUUCUGCCAUCCUCAAGAUCGCCUCUGCUGAAGGCAGGAAAAAGGCCUUUGCCACCUGUGCUUCUCAUAUUACUGUGGUCAUUGUCCACUAUGGCUGUGCCUCCAUUGCCUACCUCAAACCCAAGUCAGAGAAUAACCUAGAUCAGGAUCAGCUGAUCUCAGUGACCUACACUGUCAUUACCCCCCUACUGAACCCUGUGGUAUACAGUCUGAGGAACAAAGAGGUCAAAGACGCUCUGUGCAGAGCUAUAGGCAAAAAAACUGUAACAGAAUAGGCCCAUUUCAAAGAGCAUCUUAGAAUAUUUUCUAGAGAGGAAAAAGUGGAACAGUGUGCAUGGUCAAUAGAGUUAAAACUUUGAAGGCUAUCAAGCAAUGGUUGGGAAAGAGGAGGAGAAAACAAAGGGAUUUAGCCACUUGAGAAGAGGGGAAGGUUCUCCAAAGUACAGCAAGCCUCCAUCUCAAAAGACAACAGGGAUAUUAUGGGGUAUAAAUACAGAAGAACUCAGUGGUGUUGGAAAGUAGAUGGGUUGUGUGCGCAGCCUGGGACAGAAUGAAAUCAGGAGAGCAGUCAGAGUUAAUGAGGGGUGGCUGCUCCAGGGUAAGGUUAAAGC